UAUUUAUUUUGAAGUUGCUUUCGGUUUCGGACUGCGAAUGAGCAAUCAGGGUUUGCUAUAGACUAGCUAAGAAGAAUCGCUUUUAAUUAUAUAUUUAUAAUGGAUGGGCUUAUAGAGCCGUAUUUAGUUAAAGCUAUAAGUCUUUUGCAUUCUAGUGCCAAAGAUUCUGGUGACCAAUUGAAAGCUAUGCUGGAUGAAGCAAUAAGGUUAAAGAAUGAAACCAACAACUCCUCAUCUGUGAGCAAAUUGCCACCACCUUUGACUAUGAUCAAAAGAGAAACAAAGAAGAAAAAUGACUUUUUCUAUGAUGAAGAUAUACCUCUUAGCAAAAGGAGGAAAGAAUCACCUCGAUCAUCCCAGCCAUCAUCCCCUGCCACAAGUGUUUUUGAGAAAACCAAGGAACCUAAGCGAAAACAUGACACCAUUUUUAAUGAUGAAGAUGUUAAGAAAUUUAAGGAUUCCCCUCGCUCAUCACAACCUGGGUCACCAGCCGAGAGUUCUCCACGAAAUUUGGGAUCACCAAGCGCGGCACGUAAAAACGACGACCUCGAUUCUUUGAUUGAUGCUGAUGACUUGGCGCAAGAAAUUAUGGACCUUCACUGCGUUAUAUGCACUGGCCUGGAUGUUACUUCUGGAAACCAGCUUGUAGAGUGCCAAGAAUGCCACGGCCUUUACCACCAGGAAUGCCAUCAACCGAAUAUUAGUGAUGCUGAAGUCAACGAUCCUAGAUCUGUAUUUUUCUGUUCGGAGUGUAGCAAGUCAAUGAAAAAGACCGCUAGUCGACCUAAAUCAAGCAGCAGUAGAGAGAGCCCCAUCACGUUCUACAAGAGCCGAUCUGAUUCGCCAAACUCGGUAAGCGGCAAGAGCAGCGCUGGUUUAAUGGCCACCUUUAACAAACAACAAACCCUGCCACACAAGUCGACUGGCGUAAGCGGCACGUCUAGCAAGUCAACAAGCUCAUCAAGCAGCAGUAGCAAUUCUUCUUCUGGGAAUAAUACCAAUGGCAACACAUCCCUUAUUAAUGCCGAUAAACGACUCCAAAAUAUAAAAAAACGAGCUGCAACAAAAUUGCAAGAGAAGCGCAAACCUGGAAAGUAGUCAAUUUCGUUCUGUACAGGACAAGUCGAAACCUUGGAUGAAUUGCCUUUGAAACAAAAGAUAAAUUUCCAAGGUUAAGUCUCGAAAUUCUUUCCUCUUGUAAAAUUAACUGGGAACAUUAAGAAACUACUCACUUGGGAAUUCCAUAUUCGUCAAUAAGGAGGUUUCCGACAAAACCAAUUUGAUUACCCUGCACCAAUACUACUUGACCCUUUUUGGCUGGGGAGUUGGUUAUUGUAGUGCUGGCAGCCACACCCACUUGGCACCUAUAUGAGUAAACGAAAACCAAAACCUUAA